CAAGAUAAAAGAUAGCUUGCACGCAAGGCACAUUGGAAACCGCUCCACUCUACAGCAGACGAUAAUUUCUAUAGAGAAAUUUGUUUCCCAGAUUCCCGGUUUACCUGGAACCCCCUAAAAGUCGUAGUUUGAAAUUUAAUCUCAUAAAAAGAGCACGAAAAUGGUAGCAGUGCAAAAGAUCUGGGACGCUAUGGAGGUCGCACAGGAAGCUAGAGACUGUUCCAGCUCUGAGAUUCAUUCUUCGCAGCUCACCGUCGAUACCUCUCUUUCACUUUCUGAUAAUCAUAUGUCACCUCGUCUCAUAGAGUUGUGCAAGGAUCUGUUCAAGAAAUGGUCCGGAUUGGAUGAUUCUCGCUUCUUAAUUGAGACGGUUUCUGGCGGUAUUACAAAUCUAUUGCUCAAGGUAUCUGUAAAGGAAGAAAGUGGAAACGAAGUCCCUGUAACUGUCAGAUUAUAUGGUCCUAACACUGAUUAUGUUAUCAAUCGAGAGCGGGAGUUGCAGGCUAUCAAAUACCUCUCAGCUGCAGGAUUUGGAGCUAAGUUGCUUGGUGUAUUUGGAAAUGGCAUGGUGCAAUCAUUUAUCAAUGCACGGACACUAACUCCAGCAGAUAUGAGAAAGCCAAAGCUGGCUGCUGAAAUUGCCAAGCAACUUUGUAAAUUCCACGCCGUAGAAAUUCCAGGCUCUAAAGAACCUCAGUUGUGGAAUGACCUCUUCAAGUUUUAUGACAAUGCAUCCAUUCUUCAAUUUGAAGAUAUUGAGAAGCAAAGGAAAUAUGAGACAAUUUCAUUCAGGGAAGUUUACAAUGAAGUACUUGAAAUCAAGGAAUUGACAGACAAGCUUAAUGCUCCUGUGGUUUUUUCGCACAAUGACUUGCUUUCAGGGAAUCUGAUGCUUAAUGAAGAUGAAGAUAAACUCUACUUCAUUGAUUUUGAGUACGGAUCAUACAGUUACAGAGGUUAUGACAUUGGAAAUCACUUCAAUGAGUAUGCUGGUUAUGAUUGUGACUACAGCUUAUACCCAAGUAAGGAUGAACAAUAUCAUUUCUUCAGGCAUUAUUUACAACCUGACAAACCGCAUGAGGUAUCUGACAAGGACCUUGAAGCUCUGCAUAUUGAGACAAAUACUUUCACCUUAGCUUCACACUUAUUUUGGGCCUUGUGGGCAUUAAUCCAGGCAAAGAUGUCUCCGAUUGAUUUUGAUUAUCUGUGCUAUUUCUUCAUGCGAUACAAUGAAUACAAAAAGCAGAAGGAAAAGAGUUGUUCACUGGCACGUUCUUACCUUUCAAGAUUCGGAUGAGGAUAGUUUUCACCCAUUUGUAUUCUAAGAAUUUGUAGGGAAGGCUUGUUAAGUCCAUGUUACAUAUGAUAUUCUUGUAUUGUAUAAUAUUCUUUGGUAGCUGUCUAGUUCAAAGAAAAUUUAAAACGACAUAUAUUGAAUUAGGAAUCAUGUGAAAGGAUUCCAAUGCUUAGUUCUCAA